UAAGCAUAAGCUCCACACAAUAUUCUCUAUCCCACUAAGAAUAAACAUCUUUUUCUUCUACAAAGAUGAGAACUUUGGUGUUCAUAGUUCUUGUUUAUGUUGUCUUUCAAAUCAUAUUUCUAUCAUCAAGUCAAUGUGCCAAACUGAGUUCCAAUGAUGACAAUUUGAUUGAGCAAACAUGCAAGAAAACACCAAACUACCGUCUUUGCAUCUCUUCCCUUAAAUCAGAUCCUAAAAGUGCCACAGCAGAUGUUACAGGGCUAGCUCUCAUAAUGGUUAAAGUACUCAACACCACGGCAACUCGAACUCUAAUCCACAUCAAUAGCCUUCUUCAUCAUAGCCCAAGUCCUAAGAUAAAGAAAGCAUUACUUUCUUGUGCUGAUAUGUACUAUAAUGGCAUUAUAACUGCUGAUGUUCCAGUGUCCAUUGAAGCUUUAACUAAGGGCGAUCCUAAGUUUGCCGAUGAUAGUACACUCGAUGCUGCCAAAGAGGCCACUUUAUGUGAAGAAGGUUUCUCAGGCAAUUCACCACUGACUGUUGACAACACAAAUGUGAACAAUGUCGCAAGAGUUACUGAGGCCAUUGUCAAGCUAUUGCUUUAAGUAGCUUUUAUGCAUUUCUCUAUUUGUAUUAUCAAGAUUCAUGGGAUGUCAUGUAAAUCUAUAAUCAUGUACUUUCGAAAAUCAAAUUUAAAUCUUUUAGUAUGUCUUUUGCCCA